CCUCCGGACAGGAAGCUCAGCAAGAACGAGAUCCUGCGCCUGGCCUCCAGGUACAUCAACUUCCUGGACGGGGUGCUGAUGGAGCAGGAUCUCAGGGGGGCCGUCAGAGGCCGAGCAGGGAGCGUGGAGGAGGAGGAGGACGGGCUGUCACCGACCUCCAGCUGUGACAGUUCAGCUGACGGAGACUCAGCGGCGUCUCCAGGAUUCCCGGGCGCCAUGGACAGGUUUUACAUCGGGCCCCUCAGCCACGGCCUCUGCCCCCCCUGAGAUGUCCUCCACGUCGACUCCAGGAGAGAAACCCAGCAGGAGCGUCUGCUGAUGUCAGAUAUAACCGACGGGUGUGUUCAGGACUCGUUGGAGAGGUCAUGUGAUAUUCACAUCAGAGUCAUCGCUUUUAAAGACGGCUUUUAUUGUCGGGGGGGGGGCGUGUUUACUCGAAGGAGAAGACGUGUUUGAUGAAUUUCUGGACGUCAGGAUGUCGAUGUUUAUUUUCUGUAACAGAAGAAGUGUUGACGUGUUUAAUGUUUGAUCUUCAUCCUGAUGUUUUGUACGAAUGUUUGUCGCUCUCUCAUUAUUUUUAUCUGAAGCACAAACGUUCGUGUCCUGUUAUCUGUGAUAAUAAAAAUCAAAGAGAG